AUGAUUGCAAGAUUAAGGAAUUUAUUCACCCCUCCACAAAGUGUAUAUUUUGAUGCCCCAGAGGACUACAAAGAGGACGAGUUUGGGUUAAAACGAACUGUUAGUCAAGAUCUAGACAUUUUUUCAAACAAUGCUACUGGCACCCGUCUUCCUCCAUUUAAUGCUCAUCUCACCACUAGAGUCAAUAUUCUUGCUUUACAAGUAUAUUAUGGUAAAACUAAUCCAUCGAAAUACUUGAAGCAAUGUGAUGAUGUCCAAUUCAUUGAAUUUGCAACCAAAAUCAGGCUGCGCAUUGUUCUCCUGGUUCAGAAGUUGGUGAGGCUUGUGAUUGAAGUUGCUGAAGCGUGGAAUAAUACAUUGAUGUUUAGUAAUGAGGUUAUUGGAUUCAUUAUACAACAAAGCAAUCAAUUCAUUGUUGGUUCUCCAUUCGAAAUAGAUUUGGUCGAACCUUUUUGCUUGAGUCUUUUUGCUGAUUCAAAGAUUAUUGAACAAGUUGAAAAAUUGCACAAAUAUAUCAGUAAGCCGAAGUUUAGAAAAUUCAGAAGGGAUAUUAGUACACGCGUGGCUUCAGUUUUCAAUUUAAUGGUUGACCCGGGGGAAUUUGCCAACGACUUGGUCUCGAGGUUUAUGGCUUUAUGGAUGUUUGCAUUGUUAGAUAUAAAUUAA